AUGGCAGUGUCACGCGGGACCUGUAAAUGGUUCGACUCCAAAAAGGGAUAUGGUUUCAUUACGGCUGAGGAUGGAACAGAUUUGUUCGUUCAUCAGUCGGAGAUUAGAGCAGAGGGAUUCCGUAACCUCGCUGAAGGCGAACAGGUAGAGUUUGUCAUCCAGACCGGAAACGACGGCCGGAAGAAGGCCGUGAAUGUCACCGGACCUAACGGCUCCUACGUUCAAGGUGAUAAUCGGCGACAAGACGGACCUGGACGUUUCGGGGGGAACGGCGGGGGCUAUGGCGGUGAGUACGAUCGCCGCGGAGGGGGAGGCGGCAGUGGCUACGGUGGACGUGGCUAUGGAGGAGGCUAUGAACAAGACCGACAUGGUGGCGGCGAUUAUGGUGGGGGCUCUUAUUGA